UUUAACAUACAUAAACAUCCAAGGUUCAAUUUUAAGUUGGUGCUUAAUGUUAUUUUUUUUUUAUCGGUUAUGACUUUUUUCGCAAAUAAUCGAAAGUGAUAUCGACAAAUUGGACCCUUGUUGCAAGGGGAAGUGUUGUAGUUUAGCCGCCAAAAUUGGCAUUUGUGUCCAAAAGACAGAAUAUUGAUUUACCCAACCCAAUUCAAGUUUUUGACCACAAAAUUAUAAGAUGUCGAAAAAAUUAAAUUCUUCCUUUGGCAAAGAUGUGGGAUCACCUAAAAAUACACUUUUUAAAUACUUCAGCUCGCCGGCGAGCAAAAAAAUAUUGAAAACUCCAACGACUACAGAGAAGAAGAAUAACAACAAUGCGGAUGAAAUCAAAGGCAACGAGAAAUUAAAAAAUGGUGAUGCGGGAGCAACUUCUAUGGAUGUAUCCGAGGAUGAGGAAGAUGUGAUUGGAGCAAAGAAGAAUCGUAAACGUUAUGUACUGUUGGAUUCCGAUGACGAGGCAGAUGGUGCAACGGCAUCCAAGAAGAAAGUGGAAUCAUCACCGGAGUCGGAAAAAGAAAACAAACGAAAGAUCCUGUCUGAUGAGGAAGAGGAAGCUUCAUCUGAAGCAGAAAAAUCUUCCCCGGAAAAACAUAAGAAAAGGUCGAAGCAUAACGAGCCCAAAUCAAAAAAGGUUAAACUUGAUGAGUCUGUGGCCACGGGCACCUUUAUGGAAAAAUUGCAACAUUUGCAAUCGUCAGAGCAAUAUAAAACCUCUAAGAAACAAGAAGCCAAAUGUGAGGCCAUUGUGACCACAUCCACUUUAGAUGAGCCCGUCAUAUGGCCACAUCAGAAAUUGGAAUUCUUGAAGCCUGACAAAAUUAAAGAUAAACAAGGACGACGACCAGAUCAUCCAGAGUAUGAUCCCAGCACAUUAUAUGUACCGGAAAAAUUUUUGGAUUCACUUUCACCGGGCGUUCGACAAUGGUGGAUACUAAAAUCGGAUCAUUAUGAUUGUGUGCUAUUCUUUAAAGUAGGAAAAUUCUAUGAGUUGUACCACAUGGAUGCCGAUGUGGGAGUUAACGAGUUGGGUUUCACCUACAUGAGAGGUGAAUUUGCCCAUUCCGGGUUUCCGGAAAUAUCUUUUGACAAAAUGGCCUCUGUUUUGGUUGAAAGAGGCUACAAAGUUGCCCGCGUAGAACAAACCGAAACCCCUGAUAUGAUGACCGAAAGAUGCAAACGCACUAAAUCUACUAAAUUCGAUAAAGUUGUAAAACGAGAAAUAUGCCAAAUCACUGAUCGAGGAACCCAGGUCUAUGGUUCUCAAAGUCGGGUUACCCAAAAUCAUCAAGCGAGUUAUAUGUUGGCCAUAGUGGAGAAACCACUUCAGGUGGGUGGUACAAGCAACUAUGGAAUCUGUUUUGUUGAUACUUCCAUUGGUGAUUGUUAUAUUGGCGAGUUUGAUGAUGAUAAAAAUUGUUCAAGGUUACACACUCUACUAUCACACCAUAUGCCUGUCUUGGUGGUGUUGGAGAAAUCCAAUAUCCAAGAGAAGACUCAGGAUAUAAUGAGAACUGUUCUGGGUGGCACGUUGAAAGAAUAUAUGCCGGCCACUGGUAGUCAACAGUGUACAGCUGAGAAAACCUUAAAAGAAUUGGCCGAGAACUAUUAUGCUGGUGGUGAUAAUUGGCCUCUGGUGUUGAGAACAAUGCAGGAUGAUUCAGAUCAUUUGGGUUUGACACCUCAUCGUGAAUCAAAAUUGGCCCUCAAAGCUUUGGGCUUAUGCAUCGGCUAUAUGAAAAAGUGUAAAGUGGCCGAAAAGGUUUUACCAAUGGUGCGAUAUCAUUUGUACCAACCGCCAGAUACUCUGGCUAUGAAAAGCGACAAGAAAGAUGUUCCCAAGAAAUCAUUCAUGCAACAAAGAGCUCAUAUGGUUUUGGAUGCCACCACUCUGAUGAAUCUGCGCAUUACGGGUGAGGAACAUUCACUUCAAUCUACUUUGGAUCAAUGCUGCACGAAAUUUGGUAAACGUUUACUGCACCAUUGGCUUUGUGCUCCCUCAUGCAAUUUGGGCACAAUAAAAGAUCGACAAGACGCUAUUUCAGAGUUCCUAAAUAACACAAAUCUUUUGCAAGAGUUCCGUGGUUUAAUUGCUCCCUUACCCGAUUUCGAAAGGUAUUUGGCACAAUUUCAUCAUUUCGGUAGUAAAAUUGUCCAAGAAAAGCAUCCUGAUGGCAGAGCCAUAUUCUUUGAAGAAAAGGUGUAUAACAAAAAGAAAAUACAGAAUUUCAUUGCCAUACUCAAGGGUUUUGAUACCCUGGCAAAGAUUCCUGCUAUAUUUGAGGAUGUGUGCUCAACCCAACUAAAACAUUUGAGCCAAGGAUCCGAUAAAGAAGGAGCCUUCCCCGAUAUGAGGGAACAAUUGACAUUCUUUCAGCAAGCCUUUGAUCAUGCAAAAGCCUCAGAAAGUGGUGUUAUUGCCCCUGAGCAUGGAGUUGAUGAAGACUAUGACAGAGCUGAAGAUAAAAUCAAAUGCAUCAAUAAAGAACUACAAUCGUAUUUAGUGGAGCAGGAAAAGUUUUUCGGUUGCCGCAUUACCUAUUUUGGUAGCGAUAAGAAGCGUUUUCAACUAGAAAUUCCUGAAUCCCAUGCUCGCAAAGCAAAUAGUAAAUAUGCUUUGGAGGGUCAAAAGAAGGGAUCUAAGCCCACCCGCCGAUACACCACUGAAGAAACCAGGGCUUUUCUCAAACAAAUGCAAACUGCCGAAGAGGAGCGUAAUAAUAUAUUAAGGGAUUUGUCUCGACGUAUUUUCGAAAAGUUUUCCCAACAAUACGGUCUAUGGAAACAGAGUGUGGACUGUGUUGCUGAGCUGGAUGUUUUAGCUUCUCUGGCCGAAUAUGCCCGCAUGCAAAGUACUUCCAUGUGCAUACCAGAAUUGUUUAAUCCCGAAAUGGGACAACAAGCAUUUAUAGAAAUUGAAGAGGGUUAUCACCCUUGUGUCUCCUCUGAGACUUAUAUACCAAAUGGCUUAGCUUUGGGUUGUAAUGAGACAGCACCUUUGUCUUUACUAACAGGACCAAAUAUGGGAGGAAAAAGUACGCUCAUGCGACAAGUGGGUUUGUUGACUGUAAUGGCUCAGAUUGGUGCUCAUGUGCCCGCAGAACGCUGUCGUUUGUCUUUAGUUGAUCGCAUAUUUACCAGAUUGGGAGCUCAGGAUGAUAUAUUAUCGGGUCAUUCAACAUUUUUGGUUGAAUUGAAUGAGACAUCUUUGAUCUUGAAACAUGCAACACCCAAUAGCUUGGUGUUAUUGGAUGAAUUGGGACGAGGCACAGCCACCUAUGAUGGCACAGCCAUUGCUGCUUCCGUUGUUAACUUUUUGGCUGAUCUCAAAUCUCGUUGUUUGUUUUCCACCCAUUAUCAUAAUUUAAUAGAUUUCUUCCACAAAGAUCCCAGAAUUACUUUGGGGCAUAUGGCUUGCAUGGUUGAAAAUGAAGAUACUGAAGAUCCCACGCAAGAAACAGUUACCUUCCUUUAUAAGUAUUCAUCAGGAGCUUGUCCAAAGUCGUAUGGUUUUAAUGCAGCAAAAUUAGCGGGCAUGCCUCAUGAGGUUAUUAAACGUGCUUAUAUGCUUUCGAAAAAGGUAGAGGCUUUGGCUCUUAAGCGCAAAUUAGCUGCCAAAAUUGUAGCUGCAGCCGCAGUUGGCAACACAGGAUCCGCUUGGCAGAGUAGCAAUUUAAAAAAUUUGCUAAUUCAACUUCAAAAAUGUCAAGUUUGAAUAAAAUUUUCUACGAUUUAAGUUA